AUGCAUCUCCUCCUCGUCCAACCCCAUGCCACCGCAAAAUGCCCCCACGUGGAAAGUGUUGGUGAGGAGGGGGCAGAAGAGGUGGUGGUGGAUGAAAUGGGGGAGAUGGAAGGGGAAAAGGCCGAGGUGAAAGGGGAAGCGGAGGUGGUGGAGGGAGGGGAAAAGAUGGAGGUUAAAGUGGAAGGUGAAGGGUUGGAGGUGGUCGAGAGUGUGGUGAAGGAGAAGGGAGGAGGUCAGGCAAAGGAGAAAGAAGAAGGUGAGGUGCGGGAGGGGGACGAAGGAGAAGCAAAGAGGGAGGUGGAGGAAGGGCACGAUGGGGCGAGUGAGGGAGUCAAGGGAGGGAAGGAGAAGUCAGGGCGUGCAAGUGAGGAGCCGUCUGAGAGCAAAGAAUCAGGGGCAGAAGGCUCGACUCUGCAAGGCGAAGGCAGUGGGACGGAGGAGGAGGAGGCUGGGUCCAAGGUGGGAGGUGAGGCAGUAGUUGAAGCAAGCUCAGAAGGGAGCGGAGCAGGUGAGGGCAGGCAGGGGGCUGCUGCGUCAGAGGUGGUUGUAGCGGCACCUGAGGCUCCUCCUGCGCUGCCAGAAGCGCUGCUGUCAGCGAAACAGGAGCAGCAGGUGAAACAGGAACAGCAGGUGCAGCGGAUGUAG